AUGGGAACGAAGUACGAGCUCCCAUUCCAGCUAGCGGACCCUACACUUCUCAAAUUCGACUCUUUCAUCGGCCACGAAUGGGUUGAAUCGAAGAGCGGCAAGCGGUUCGAGGUUCUCGACCCCGGAACCGACAAGGCAUGGGCCAGCUGCCCCGCAAGCACAACCGAAGAUGUCCCGGCAGCUGUUGAAGCAGCCCACACUGCAUUCGAGUCCUUUCGCAAAGUAAAUCCCCGACAGCGGGCGAAGUGGUUGCUUAAAUGGCACGAUCUUACUACCCAGGCAAGAGAUGAUCUUGCCCAGAUUGUCACCCACGAGACGGGCAAGCCGUUGGCAGAGGCCUACGGGGAACUCGAUUACUCACUUGGUUUCCUAUGGUGGUUUGCCGGCGAGGCGGAGCGCGUUCACGGUACGGUAUCGAUGGCCGCUGCGCCGAAUCGCCGCAUUUUCACAGUCAAGCAGCCCAUCGGCGUGGCGGCUGCCCUUGUACCGUGGAAUUUCCCGGUCGCGAUGGUUCUACGUAAGGUUGGAGCCGCGAUGGCGGCCGGGUGUACGAUGGUUGUGAAGCCGAGUCCCGAGACACCCAUCUCGGCUCUUGUCCUGGCCGAGUUGGCGCUGCGGGCAGGCAUCCCAGCUGGCGUGUUUAAUGUUCUCACUACUGACUUGGAGAAUACGCCAUCGCUGAGUGAGGCGUUGUGUAAGCACCCGCUCGUCAAAAAGGUGACAUUCACUGGCUCAACGCGAGUUGGUAAAUUGGUUGCGUCGCACUGCGCUCACGGCCUUAAGAAAGUGACGCUCGAGUUGGGCGGAAACUGUCCUUUCAUCGUUUUUGACGAUGCAAACCUUGACCAGGCGCUGGAGCAGCUUAUGACCCUUAAGUGGCGUCAUGCAGGCCAAGCAUGUAUCACAGCAAACCGAAUCUACGUCCAAGCGGGUGUUUACGAUCGCUUUGCUGCACUCCUGACGGAGCGGACCGCUGCCCUGGUUGUUGGGCAUGGAUCUGCCAAGGACACUACAAUGGGCCCGUUGACCACGCCUCGCAGCAUUGACAAGGCGAUUGCGCAAGUUGAGGAUGCCCGUAACCUUGGCGCGAAGAUUCUGCUUGGCGGGAAGCCUCGUAGCGCACAGCCGGGUUAUUUCUUUGAGCCGACCAUCCUAUCUGGGAUGACAAAAGACAUGCUGAUCUCACAAGAGGAGUCAUUCGCACCCAUUGCGGCGCUCUAUCGUUUCGAAACUGAGGAUGAAGCGGUGAGAAUGGCGAAUGCCACUAGCAUGGGAUUGGCGAGUUAUGCGUUUACGAAGAACAUCGAUCGUAUGUGGCGUUUGUUGGAGAAUCUCGAGGCGGGCAUGAUCGGAAUGAACACGGGCAACCAAUCAGCGGCCGAGUCGCCGUUUGGUGGCAUGAAGGAAUCAGGUUAUGGUAAGGAGAGUGGAAAGGAUGUUGCUGUGCAGGAGUACCUGAUCACGAAAACGGGAACCUUGACGAUUGAGGGGCAGUAUUGA